AUGAAGACACUUGUCCUCCUCUCUGCCCUUGUCCUGCUGGCCUACCUGGCCCAGGCUGAUUCUCUCCCUGAAGCAACUGAGGAGACUAAAAAUGAGGAUCAGCCAGGGGUUGAGGACCAGGAUGUGUCCAUCUCCUUUGGAGGCCCAGUAGGCUCUGCUCUUCAAGAUGCAGCCUCAAAAAAUCUCUUGACAUGCUACUGUCAAAGCCGAUCCUGCAAAAUGCUAGAACGCAUCAGUGGGAUUUGCACCAAGGGUAGAAAAAUCUAUGUGUUCUGCUGCAGCUGA